AUGGCGACGAGCAGCCUACCCUACGUGGAGCCACCGACGCCGCCAAGCACAAGUGUCGGCGACCGUCUCCGGCGUGCCGUCUUCGUGACGCUCCUCUCGAUCCUUGGUCUUCCCUACAUGCUCUACGCGUGCCUCGCUCAGCGGGCGACAAUCGGCCCGCUCCUUACAGCGGCCCGGCGCACGAGCAUCAAGCUCGACGCGAUGUACAAGGACUCGUCGCGCCUCGCACGUGCGUGGUCCACACCCAUUGGGCAGCGCUACCUCUGCGGCGGUCUCGAGUACCAGCGGCGCGAAGGCUACUGCGCGUCCGCAACGCUCCGAAAUGUGCUCAAGUCCGUUGGUCGUAGCGACGUCCUACCGGCGCCCCGCCGCGGCGCGUCGACCCCAAAACAGUACGUGGCAGCGCUCGACCACGCAGGCUGCACGAGGUCCCGCAUUGUCUACGGCAGCGAUGGCUACGACGUGUUUCGAUCUGCACUUUUGGCAGCCAACGACCCCAGCUACCGCGUCGCCGUCAACUUUCUUCGGUCGCCGCUCUUCGGCUUCAAUGGACCGACGUUCGCGCCGUUUAAUUUCAUCCUGGGUGUCUUUGGCGGUCAUUUCUCCAAUGUGAUUGGGUUCCUCGACGACGAAGAUCUCGUCGUCAUCUUUGACGUCAACCACACGUACGGCCCGUACCUUGUUGACGCCAAGCGCCUCUAUAGCGCCGUCAACACGUACGACCAGACGGCCAAGCGCACGCGGGCGCUCGUCGUCUCGAAAGUGCUCGAGGACUCUGACUAA